AAUUUAAAAGGUAAUUGUGUUCGUGACCAAAAUAACUCAAAAUAACGUAACUAAGCUCCUUUCACGCUCCUGUUGUUGUCAUUUGUAUACAGACAGUAGAUUAAACACUAAAAGAUCUGUUUAUGAAAAAGUCUGGUUCACUUUCUUUUCAGUUCACACGUCAACAGUUUCAUGGAAGCAAAACGGAACUGAUUAUAAAAAUUAUCAUAUCGAUAUAUUUACCUUGUCGAAACCCUUUUGACAGAAAAAAAAGGAAAAAGGACUUUCCCUUUCCAAAAUAUUCAAAGAUUCCUUUACUUUCUUAGAAUCAUGAAUAUUUCAUUUCUUCAUCACGCACUUCUAGAUCGCCAGCUGUCGUAAUUGCACCGACCUCAGUUUGCAUUGAAAGAAACGUAUCGAUGUUUUUCCUUCAGCCCUGAAAACUUUACAGCGAAGACAUUUUAGCGUAAAUUCAAAAUAAUUAUCUCCUGCCCGUGGCACGAAGAAUCAGCUGAUUCAAGGCCAUCGAGAAGUUCAAGGUACGCGUUCAAAUCUUUUAUUGUGGCCAUUUGAACUCUUACGCAAAAUAUGUUGUGUUGAGGCAAUAAGCGACAAGAAACCAUCACGGCUCGUACAGACAAUUAGAACUGGAAUUAACUGAUAAAAUUAAGAAACAAAUACUAUUGUAGUGAACAGUUGUUUUCAUCUGUUGAAAUGACAAACCUUCCGCCACGACUCAGUGAACACUAUUCAUCCAACGAAAUCGAUGAAUCACUUCCAAGAGAACCAAAAAUUGAAGGGCAGGAGAAUUGCCACGAUUUCGACAAAACAUUCACGUUUCCACUAGACGAUACAACCUCAGUAAUAGCUGUACAGGCAGCAGUUAACACAGAAUCAAACACAUUGAAUAUUCUGCUGGCAAACUGUAAUCUCGUCACAGUCGGGAGUUCAAGCAAAGCUAAUUGCUAUUUAGAUGCUAACGAACACAAAUGUGCAAGCAACGGCGAGGUCAGUCGCUCAGACAGCAGUCUUGAACAACAGAAGACAACAACGGAGAACAGUGACUGCCGACUGCAGCCUCUUGAUGAAGCGCAAAGCUGCAGCCAGCCAGACUCGAGUGAUUUGUUUACUGUGAGCGUGGAGCCGUUGUUGCCUUUAAUCAAGAAACAAGGAUAUCUAAACGGACCUCAGUGUGAGCGAAUCAUGGAACAGCUUGAGUUUUUACAGGACAAUGGAAAGUUUGGAGAGCACGAAAGUCUUGUUACGUCGUAUCUCCAACGCUGUGGGAGUACAGAGAAGUCUGAUUUGGAAUUAGCCCUGAAAAUGGAGCGCGGGGUAGCGUUCUCUUAUCACAAAGAGUUCAAACACAGUAAACGUAUGUUCGUCUCGGUCAUAAAUUCAGAAAAAGAUCGACAGCUUCAGCUUAGAAAUCCCAACAUUUUAACAGCAAGAGCGUACUUCUUACUUGUGGCGGACUAUAGAAAUAGAAAAUUCGUAAAACUCUCCCCGCUUUUUGAAUUUCUCAGACGAAGCGAGUGUUUACUCCAAAACCAUGAGUCGCCAGAAGACUGGGCGGAGUUGUAUUACAACUAUGGCUCGGUUUGGUUAGCUUACAUGAGCAUUAUCCCGGAUGAGGAGAGGAAUGCGACAGCGCGAUAUACUGCUCGACAAAAUGCCAGACACUAUUAUGAGCAAGCGAUCUGUUUCUGCAAGAGAGAUUCUCGAUUGAGAGUUCAAAUUAAGAAGCAAACAUACAUUCACCUCAAACUUGCAGCGUUGCUUCUCGACUGCAGUUCAACUGCCGCGCGAACUCGCCACAAAGCCAUCGCAUCUGAUGACAUCAAAGAGGCUAAAGAACAUUUAGAUUUUGUGCAGUACCAACUUGGCGUUUCUAUACCACUAGGCACGCGUGUGCAACUUCUGAAAAGCCGCUCGGAUCAAUUUUAUCGCCAAGAAAUAUAUACCAACUGGCCAAAGAAACAGCCGAGGAUGCAUUAAACAUUGCCAUCUCCAACGAAUUUUAUACUGAAAAAGACAAUCUCCAGGAAAGAAUCGAAUUUUUUGAAAAACUCUGCGAAGAAAAAAUAAAGAUUAUUGAUGUUAAUGAUGUCUCCAGUUCCAAUAAUGAAACAUGUCCCAGCGAAUCUGCCGAGUCUGAUUAGGAAUUACAAAAAUAAAAGUGAAAAUAUAAUAAAUGACAAUAUAUUUAAAUGAAAUAAAUCAUGGGUAGACAUAUGAAAUAUAUCCUAUGCGUCAGAACAACUGAAUUAUUUUAAUAUCCUUUCACUUUCUCCUUUCCUUUUGCUUCCGUCCUUCUCCAAAUGAGUUCUCUUUUUCCUCCUUAACCUUUCUCAUUUUCUUCCUCAUCUUUUCACAAAAACGUUGAGCAUAAAGGAGCUGGUUAUUCAGUGCUACACGAAAGCACACUGAAAAAUACUUUAAAAUGAAUAUACGAAGUGACGUCAUUACUAUUCGUCCUGCACGACAGAAUUCUUAUCUUUUAAAGAAAGGUUUAGUUGAAAUUUCUAACAACUUAUUCAAAUAACACAUGUGUGUCGGGCGCUUCGAUUUAACAUGCAGUGUUUGAAGAUAAUUUUCAAGAACAAUUCCAAGAAAUAACAAACUUUGAAAUAUGAUUCGUUAUUACUUCAGGGACUUUCCCUUUGACGAGAGUCUCAUAUGACUGACUGUCAUGUUGAUUCUUCAUUUCAAAUAUUAAAUAAUUUAUACUCGCGAGAAUCACGUGCCUCGAAUCUGACAAACAGUAAUCACGAUUACAUUCACCAGUGUUUUGAAUGAAAAGUUCGUGGCGUUCCUCUCGUUAAUACUCUACUCGCUAACUAGAAAUUGUCUUCGACUUGCUUUUUAAUGGCACAUAAGAAAAGAGGUUGUCUUGCUCGGUGAAAAACGUACAUGUGCGUGUCUUAGGGACUUCAAUGACUACGCAAGUCAAGACCUAAAAAUGAACUACGUCGCAGCCCAUCAACAUGAAUCGAAUGACAAUAUUAUUUGCAAGAUCUUAAAAGUCUGACAAGUCAAGGGAAACAGAUUCAGAAAGCCCUUCAGCGACCUGACACAAAGAGCACUAUUCCAAUAUGGCAACCAAACACAAACAACCCAAACCUCUACAUUCAACAACUGCGACAGAUUUAGCUCCCAAUACAACUGGAUCAGCAGGUCACCAUUCUUCUGUUUUGCAACAGAUAUUAGUUAAUUUUCAAGACAGUGACGUCACCUCGCCAAUCGUUAAGGCAAGCAUCGACAGGAAUACUAAAACAAUGAACUUGAGUGUUGACAAUUGCAACCUUGCUGUUUUUGGCCAAUCUAGCACAGUACAUCAUUCUGAUUGUCACUUACUUAGCACCAAUCGAGGCGAAGGCGAUCUGAGGCAAGCAGAUAGCUUCGUUGAACAAAUACAACAAAUGGCAGCAAUAGCGGACAAUUCAGUGCAGUGUUUCAGUAGACAACUUGUUUGUAAAGAGGAAAGUCAGCAGAAACCAAGCACUUCAUUCGGUGACAUUUUACUGGAUGUUGAGCCGUUACUACCUGUGAUUAAAAAGCAAGGUUUCCUUAACGGACCACAAUGUGAGGAAAUCCUCAAAAACCUUGAGCUUUUGCAGGACAAUGGAAAGUUUGAAUACCAUAUGCGCUCCUUUAAUUUCUGCCUUCAACGAUGCGCGGCAAAAGGCAACAAAUACAUGGAAGUGAUAGCAAAUGAACAACAAAUUCAACAUAGAGAACAUCACAACCAAGCCCUCAAAAAGUUUCAAGUUCUUCAAGAUAACAGAAGGUUAAAAGGAGACGAACAGCUGUUCUCUCUGUACUCGAGACUUUGUUCCAAAACAGAGUACGUUGACAUGGAAUUAGCCCUUAUAAUUGAACAAGGAGUAUCAUUCAUGUACCACAACCAACUCAGCAAAAGCAAGCUCUACUUCACUUCAGUCAUAGAACUGGGUAAGCAUUGCCGGCUACGAAAUCCGAACAUUUUAAUUGCAAGAGCCUAUUUUUUACUUGCAGCCAACUAUAGUUCUAGGGCGAGCAAGGCCAGAAACGUUUCGACCAUUUUGGAAUGUCUAAGACGAAGCGAGGUUUUACUACAAAAUCACGAGUCGCUCGAAGACUGGGCCGAAAUGUACUACAAUUUAGGUAUA